AAAACUUUGGUAUUUAGUCAACACUAUUUCUUUCAGAGCCCACGCAAAAUCGUAUCGCUCACUCUAUCAAGUAUCAACUCGAAAUUCUGUUGUUCUCUGACAGAAUCUUCUGUUAUAGCAUCGUAAUUUGAUAGGAAUCCGACAAAUCUGAUUGAAUUUCCGUAAUCCGCAAAGUAGAGAGAAUAUAAAAUAAAUUGAAGGGAAAAAAAAAAAAAAAANAAUAGACGAGAAAGACGAGGAUUAAUGGAGACUGGAAAAUUCAGUAUUAAUGCGGAAGAUCUAUCAACGAUCGGCGGCAUAGCCACCGUGUCCUUGCUCCACUCGUUCAUUCCGACGCACUGGCUGCCGUUCUCUAUUGUGGGCCGAGCUCAGAAAUGGACGCUUUCUCGUACCCUCCUCGUUACUGCAUUUGGCGCUGUUUUGCAUGUGCUCUCAACUUCACUGCUUGGCAUAACAGCAAUCACCAUAACAAACACUAUAGCAGGGGAGGAAACCGUUCACAAACUGGCAUCUUUGUUGCUGAUUGUUCUUGGUGGAAGUUACGUGAUUUUAUAUCUGAAAGGUAAGGGUGGCCACUGCCAUUCUCACAAUCAACCCAUGGAGAAAAUGGCAGUUGCUGGUCUUGUUCUUGUCCCGGCCUUGUCUCCUUGUGCAACUACUCUGCCAGUAUUUCUUGCUGUUGGAAACUCGUCAUCUAUGAUGGUUCUUGCCAUCAUAGUAUUAUUAUUCAGCACAAUCACUGUAAUGACGUCCCUGGUGGCCCUGUCGUUCUAUGGGGCGAGCCAGCUGAAGUUCCAUUGGGUCGAACGUUAUGACAAGCUUCUUGUGGGAUCAGUACUAUGUUUAGUUGGAGUUCUGACCCUCAUUUUUCACGAUCAUGAUGGGGAAGUGAGUUCAUCUGGUGCGCAUCUGCAUAGAAAGAUUAUUUCUCUAUAAAGAUUAUCUUUACAUUUUGUUUUUGUAGGUCUGUGAUGUAUGUAGAAUAUUGCAAACUUGCAAUUGUUUGUUCUCUGUACUAUGUAACUGAAAAACUUAUUAUUUUUCCUUCAUUUAUGUUGUCUUGCUCUCUAAUUGUUGAAAUUUUAUG